CCUUAAUCAACCUAAUAAUUUGGGUAACGCCACUCUUUACAUUCCAUUACAAUCCCUUACAGGACUCUCUACAUCUUUCGACUGAUUCAAACCCAAAUUCUCGAAGAGUAACGCGUUCCCAAACAACAGGUCGUCCAACUGUUCGUUGGGGAAAGCACGGCAGAGGCGACCCCCCAGAUACGCCAUACAGAGGAUCUAGUGCUUCUCUCAAACGAUCCUUCGACGCGCGGGCAGUCGACGACGAAACUGACGUCGAGGCGGAUCAAGACUCAACUUACGUGCCAUCGAAGCUUCUCAAGAUGGAACCUACCGUGUUGAUCCCGGAGUCGUCUCCCGGUUCAAUGGUUGAGGAUACCCCUCAGUUAAAGGAAGUCACGCCUCCAUUCGAACCUAGUGGCACCCCAAUACCCGGGGAAUACACUUUCCUUGACGCUUCCUCUUCCUCAUUUACUUCUGAGCGUCGUGGACCGAGGAUACGCACGGCCCCCCCUAUUCCCGUUCCGAACUUGACAAAAAAGAGUCGCGGUCGCCGCGUCCCUACCGCCGGCGACGAUGCCGCAGUAGAAGGAGAAGCAGCUGAGGGACGUAAGGGACGCGUUUAUGUCUGUAAAGUGGAAGACUGCGGAAAGUGCUUUAGCCGUGGAGAGCAUCUCAAACGGCACAUCCGAUCUAUCCAUACACAUGAAAAACCGUUCGACUGCCCUCACCCCACGUGCGACAAACGUUUCAAUCGGAAUGAUAAUUUACUUCAACAUUUACGUGUCCACAAGGGUGACAAUUCUUCUCAGACCUCCGUCGAUUCUGCACAUCCAGGUACCACUACAGAAUCUCAUCUUGAUGAUGGCAGUUCCUCGGUAGCGGCCCAGCGCGCCUCAUCUAAGGCGAGCAGCACCCGCAGAGCAGUCCGCCCAGCACGUAAGACUAAAUCGGCUGCGUCCACCCCACCAAUCCAUCCGGCACGUAUUGCUGCUUCACGAGCGGCGAGCCGAAACGCUCCUCUGACACUUCCACGCACCUAUUCCCUUCCUCCGCUCACCUCUUUAGCGUCUUCCUAUCACAACCCCGCUGCCGCAGGCUUCAUGAACAAUACCAACAUCGCGGUCUCCUCCCUCCGGACUGUCAUGGGUGAGGAGGCUGAGGAGACAGAUCACGAACAGGAGGAAACAGAAGUUUCUGAGGACGAGGGUCACCAUCGCCAGACAACACACAGUCUCAGCGACCUCCGCUCGAUGUACAACUUCCGUAACGCUUUCAGCUCAGCUCCCUUGGUGCCUAGGAAAGACAUGGCACGCGGUAACAGUGUACCUGCUGAUGAACACCUAGACAGCGCACCUGUCUCCGCAGGACCCGGACCGUCUUCCAGUCCUUCACCUUCAUCCAUGUCUCACGAAGGUCCUGACGAAGCCCGCAAGUCAACUCCGCAUUCUCUGCCAACAGGGGAACUUAAAUCCAACGACAACCGUUGAUAUUCCCGCGUCCUCGUCCAAUGAAUCGUCGCUGUGGAUAUACGUUGAUUGCCUCAUAUGUUGAUCAUUCUCAUCAGUCGUUGUCUUGUAUGUGUCUUUCGUGUCGCCUGACUUUCAUUGAUGCUUUGCGUUUACAAAAUCGAUUUAAUAUUGAUCUCCUAUCGUGUCUUCCUUUAUCCUCUUUGUCGUUAAAACUUGUCUUUGCGUUUUUGUCCGCGUUCGAUUGAAUCAGUUUUUGAUUUCCUCUUCUAUGCCCUCUGGAUCCGCAUACUUAGUUAUCUGGUCUCUAUAGCCCUAAUUGCGGGUACGGUUCGCCCGCCUUGUCUUGGUCAUGUUCUUUUUGCGAUACCUGGAUGGUUGUAGU